AAAAUCAUCCUUAACAAUGGGCACUCCACCAGUGUUGAGUUUGAUGACACCGUCAACAAAUCAGGUUCAUUCCAACCGAAUCGCUCAAGUCUCUUAUCUGACUUUAGCUGCAGGUUUGGUUAUAUAUUUUUUCCCUUUUUACAAUCCAUACCUGGACUUCUUGCGUCAGGAAAGAGCCGAUACAGAACAAAUGAAAUAUAUCCCAAGUGAUCCCUUUUCUUCUCUGAAAACUGUUAUUGUCCCAGUCUUUUCUAGGAGUAUGUAGCUUCCCUUUUUGCAAGCAAUAAUUCUUAUCUAGAAGUUCUCUGGUUUAGCAUAGUCUUUGUAAUGUUAGUGCCUUCAUCUUUAAAACCUUCUCUUGGAUGGUAGGCAAGCUAGCACACCUCCCCUUGAAACUGUAGGAGUGCAGAUUCUUCAAGCAAUAAAAUCCUCUUGUGGUUGCGUGAGGCUUAGCUGAGGAUCCAAGCCCAUAUGAUGCUUUCAUAGGGGUCAAAGCCAGAAGAGGACUAAUUUGUGAUCACCCUGUCCAUUAGUCCUGAGGACCUAUUAGCUUAUAGUGGCAACAGGGAGAGACAUAGAUGGAGACAGCAUCAUACUUUGCUUUCCUGGACAGUCUUAGUUUAAUUCUUAAAUUUCCUGUCAAUACAAGCAACAUUGGAUGUUGCCUGAAAUCCGUCAGCUGACCAUCAGUGAUCUGGUCUGACCUCGUGUGUGUCAGAUGCCACGGGACUUCCCAGAAUUAAUCUCUGCUUCAAGCCUAGUAGGCGUGGGUGAACUAAAGCACAUCUCUUAGAAAAACAUACAAUCUUGAUUUCAAAAUUUCCAGCGAUGACGAACCUACCACAGCCUUUGGUCAUUGAUCAAAAAAUACUGAAUUUUCUAGGGCCAAAAUUUGGCCUCUGGGGCACCCCUGUGAAUGCUGACCGGGGGGCCGCUCAGCGGGACCUACAGGCUGCGCCAGAUUCACUUCCAUUGGGGGUCCAACGACGAAGCCGGCUCCGAGCACACGGUGGAUGGGAUGAAGUACGCGGCAGAGCUUCAUGUGGUCCAUUGGAACUCAGAGAAGUAUUCCAGUUUUGUCGAGGCAGCUCGUCAGUCAGAUGGAUUAGCAGUCAUGGCUGUAUUUCUGAAGAUUGGUGAAUGCAACCCUCAGCUGAAGAAGAUUACUGACCGCUUGGACACCAUCAGAAUCAAGGGUAAAAGAGCACUAUUCACAAACUUUGAUCCUAGCUGUCUGCUUCCCAAGUCCCUGGACUACUGGACUUACUUUGGCUCUCUCACUGUUCCACCUCUUCUUGAGAGUGUCAUCUGGAUUGUUCUGAGAGAGCCCAUUAGUGUUUGUUCUGAACAGCUAGCCAAAUUCCGCAGCCUCCUGAGCACUGCUGAGGAUGAGGUCGCCUGCUGCUUGCUGAGAAACUACCGGCCUCCCCAGCCUUUAAAGGGACGAGAAGUCAGAAGGAAUUAAAGGAGUAAAGCCAGAGUAGUCUCCCUCUGAAACCAAAGGCUUAAUUAAUUUUAAUAGUUAAUAUACUUUGUGAUUUUAAUUUUUUUUUUGUGAGUUGUUUUAACAAAUAGGUGUUGUUUUAUUACUCGUUGCCAUGCAGUCAUUUCUCACAGACAAGUAUGUCCUGAGUUGUUGCAGGUUCAUCAAUGUUAACAGGUCUGACUGUGUUUGAGUGCGUUGGUUUGGGAGCAUUGAGGCAUUAGCGUUGCAUGCACAGAGGGCAGUGCUAAUCAUAAGGGUCAGAUGUGGUGAAGGAGUUGUCCAGAAUUUGCCAUCAAAUUACUGAACAGGAUCCCUGAUAUUAAUGGCAGUAAAGGAUGCUCUGGGAUUAUUCUUCUGGUCUCUAACAUAACAUUUAGCUUCUAUGUAAGACUUCACACUGUAAUUCUCAAGAAAAAAAUAUUUCAAGGCUGAUAUAAUUUCAUUGCUGACUUCUGCAAUACCAUGCUUACCUUCCUACAAAAAGCAGUAAUGACUAACAGCAUUUAAGUAAAACAGAUAUUUAUAUGAUCCUGUUAUUUUGACUGCUUCAUAGUAGUAAUGAUGUACUGGUUGAUUUUUUUUUUUUUAAAAAGCAAAUAGUAAAGAUUUUGUAUAUUGCAGGAUCAUGUCAGGUGGAUUAGGUAUUCCUGAAUUCCACCACGUAUAGUGAUGAAAUUGUCCUGAAACCUGAAAACUGCAAGGUGGAAGGGCACAGAGGGAACUGUUCAUUCCUAAAUCCAGUCUGUUGCAUUUGGUGAACAACAAGGGACUGUAACACUAUAUCCAUGUAGCAUCAGACUCCUACCACUUAAAAUCAGGAGGCAGGGGUAGCUGUUGCUCCAGACUGUUUCAUACUAGACACGUUGCACGCUGCAGUGUGAAACACAUACUGCAUACCUCACAUCUUGCAGUGGAGCACAGCACUACGCAGGUAUGUAAUGUCUCCUAGGUACUGGCUGAUGUUAUGCUGUCAUAGCUGAACUCAGCUGGUUGCACCUGUAUUCCAAGACCAAAGAUAGCAGUUAGAGCAAGCCAAAGAAAUCAGAAUCAAGUCAAUAUCUAAUAAAAGAUGAGCCCUCAAUAGCAAUGUGUUGAAAUGUCUGUCUUUAUGAAUUGACUUGAGCCUGUGUUUCUCUCAGGAGCUUUUGUUAUCUGAAUAUAAUUGUUUGUUUAUGCCAAAUUUAUUUUUAUUAUUUUUAAUGAACUUGCCAUAGGAUGUAGCUUAGUAUAGGAUUAGAUUUACCCUCAGACUGUGAGAACUACAUAGUGAAAACCAGCGAUACCUGAAAGAGGCAGCUAGAGGUUUCAUGGGCGGCAGCUACCACCAGUCUCUGUAGUACUUCUGACCAAUUCGUCUUCCAUGACUGCUCUCCAUGAAUUUGUUUUUUUUCAUGACUGUGCCUUUUACCUCAACAGGUCUUUUGAUCUUAGAUAGACAAACAUGAGGGAAAUCACAAUCAGGAUUGACUUUAUAUACCUUCUUAUAACUGAAUAAAUUAGCCAUAGAGACAUAGAUAUCUUAGCUUAGUUUAAGAUAGGUGGAUUUUUUUGUUUUCUCCUCCCCAGAAUAGAGCUACUAUUGCUGCAAGGCCUCUCAAUGCCUUCUGAAUGUUUUCUGAAGGAAAGAACACAAAUAGACCAUGGGAGAAAUAAAAGCAUUUGGCAGCGGCAGCAGGUACAAGUAUUAACCAAAGGGGAAAAACCUGAAGGCACUUUUUGUUUUCUGGCAUAGGGAGAAGAAUGCAGCUGAAAAGACCUCAGGUUAGUUCUUUCUGAAUGAGGACGUCUGGAAAGUGUGCAUGGAGAGAGUGGGAGUGUGUUGCGUGUUUUCACACCCUUUUUUAGACUUAGUGUUGGAUCUGAUAUGUUUCCCUGUCAUGUGAGUAGCUGCAGAACAUGAACAAAAUGUUUACAAAUGGCACGAAGGUUAUAAAGUUUGUUUGCCUCAGAAGAGAAAGUAAUAAGGCUACUGCUUCAUAUCAGAAACAAAAGUUUUACAUGUUUUUUACAUAUUGAAAACAGUGGAGUUGAUCCAGUGCUUUGAUAUUUAUAAGGAUUUUAUCAAAAUAAAAAAUUGAUUUUA